UGAGUGCACUCAGUACAUUCCUCCUCAGGCAAUAACAUGCAUGUUUAUUGUACCUCAGGUAUAUGGAGGCUUUGUGACCAGCCGUUUGGUCCGGGGCGAUGAAUCCCCUGUAAAGUGUGCUGCUGUCCUCUCACCCAUUACAGACUUUGAAUUAUACGCAUCUGCAUUUUCCGAGCGAUAUCUUGGGCUGCCUAAACCUGAUCCGAGGGCAUACACAAUGGCAAAUUUAGCACACAAAGCAUCUCAGUUCAUGGAUAAGAAGUUUCUUAUAAUUCAUCCAACGGCUGAUGAAAAGGUUCAUUUCCAACAUACAGCAAAAUUCAUCAGCCAGCUCAUAAAUGAAAAGGCCAACUAUACGUUACAGUUAUUUGCCAACCACUGGGAGUUCUUUGAUCACAGUUGGAUCCCACAGCAGUCUGAGGAGUAUCCCUCCCAAUGCCUUCAUUCCACAUCAUGA